CAUCACUAGUACACAUUGUUACUCAACAUGAUAAAUUUAAUAAUUCGCCGAAAUAAUAAAAUAAAAUUAAUUCUUUUAAAUCAUGAAAGAAAAUUAUCAAGGCUAGAAAAUCAAUCAAAUGGUGAAAAUAAUGAAAGUGCUGACAACGGUGUGAAUCAUGCAAUUAACUGCAACAAGUCCGGCCUGUUAAAACAACAUCAAAAUAUGCUUCACAACAAAGGUCCUUACAAAGAGCCAAAUUCUUGGAUUCAUUUAACCGAAAAAUAUCAAAGGAAAGUUUUCGGACGUUAUGGUUCUGAUAGUGGAGUUAGUCCCCGCAUAUGCUUCAAUACAAAUACUAACAAUAUAUCUAAAGCUCGUUAUGAGGAAUUAGCUGAGCCUGAAACAAUACAGUCUAUGAUUGAAAAAUAUAAAUUUCAACAGAAAUGCGAAGUUGAUGAAAUACUUAAACGUGAAGAUGAAAUCAACAAAAAACUUGAAAAACUUGAACUAUGGAAACAAGAACUGAAUUCAAGAAUAUUGAAAAAGGAGGCCGACGCAUUUGCUGCUAAAGAAAAACGGGAGCGUUUAAUAGAAGAAGUACGAAGGCAUUUUGGUUACAAAGUAGAUCCCAGGGAUGAACGAUUCAAAGAGGUGCUCGAACAGAAGGAAAGGGAGGAUAAAAAGAAACAGAAAGAAGCGAAACGCAAAGCUAAAGAACAGAAGUUGAUGUCCAAACUAGUAGGUAAAUCUACUACGUAGUCAAAUAUUGAAAUAUUUAUUUGUAAAUUCGGAAUUAAAUGAAUAAAAGCUUUGUUGUAAUAACAGAAAACCAAAAA